UAGAAUUCCUGGAUGAGGUGAUGGCUGAUGCCUGCAGCCGCUUCAGUGAGAUGGGGCUGCCAGUGGCGGCCACGCUCCUCCUGGAGCUGCACGGCUCCCAGCGUAGCCUGGCUGAGCAGCAGCAGCAGACCGAGGAGAUUGUGCACCAGAACGGUGGCUCCAGCGUGGCCUGGGCGGAGGGGCAGGAGGAGCGGGAGCGGCUCUGGUCCAUGCGCCACAACGCCUGGUACGCUGCUCUGGCCCUGCGGCCCGGCUGCCAGGGCUACUCCACCGACGUCUGUGUGCCCAUCUCCCGCCUGCCUGAUGUGGUGGUGGAGACCAAGCAGGACCUGCAGGCCUCCAACAUCACUGGACCCAUGGUGGGACACGUGGGCGAUGGCAACUUCCACUGCAUCCUCGUCUUCAACUCCCAGGACCCGGAGGAGGCCCAGCGCAUCCACGCCUUCACCGAGCGCCUGGGCAGGCGGGCACUGGCAGCAGGGGGCACCUGCACCGGGGAGCACGGCGUGGGGCUGGGCAAGCGGACACUGCUGCAGGAGGAGCUGGGCCCGGAGGGCCUGGACACCCUGCGCUCCAUCAAGGCUGCACUCGACCCCCACAACCUCAUGAACCCCGGCAAGGUGCUCUGAGGGGCAGCACCAGCACUGCACUGGCACUGGGGAGCCUCAGCCCCUGGAGGCAAGGCCAGGGUGGCCAUGCUGCCCUGCAGUGCCACUGUAUGUGACCCUACUAAUCACCCCAUCCUCACUUCUGGGGGUCAGGGAUCCCCAAACCCCCAAUAAACCCUUUGGA